AUGAGGAACAACAGUACCGAUUCUUCUUACAGAGAUGGGUUUAAUACAGAUGAGUUCAGUUAUGCCGUGGGCACAACAGUAGGAAUUAUAAUCUUCAUGUUGGUCAUAUUCUUCGUGUAUUACAGAUGCAUAAGAUCUGUCCCUCAACAACUCACUCCACAACACACUCCAAGAGUGGAUAUCAUUUCUGAACCAUCGUCGUCCAGGGAAAGUGGGGUGGAGGAGGCAGUCAUCCAUUCAUAUCCCAUUAUUGUGUUUAGUGAAAAGCAUGAAGCCCUCUCUCAGCAGCAGCAGGACAGGAGUUGUUCAAUAUGUCUUGAGGAUUACAAAUGUAAUGAACAGCUGCGUAUGAUAAUGGAUUGUAGGCAUGUUUAUCAUGUCCAUUGCAUAGAUGCAUGGCUCACAGGGCAUGCAAGCUGUCCCAUUUGCAGAAAAUCUCCCCACAGAGAGUUAGUUGUUAGAGCAACUUAG